AUAAUAACCCAUGUGCAACAUUUGUGCAACACCCUUUCAGAAUAUCUUAUAACCUAUGCCCUAAGUAAAGAGAAACAAUUCUGGAACGUAAUACUUGUUCAGCAAGCUGGCUGGCCAGCUGCAUGGCUGGCCGGCUGCUGGCGGCCUGGCUUCGUUUGUUUGUCAGUGUCUAUCACUGUCUCUAUCUUUGUCUCUGUCUAUCUGUCUCUGUCUGUCUCACAGGUACACAUAAAUACAAAUAUACAUAGUGUAAAUUACCUAGGAUAACCCAAAAAAUCCAAACAAAGUGCUAUACUCUGCUUGAAGAUAUGAGUAAACAUGAUUACGCAGUCUUGUGACUCUGAGACAGAGUUAGACAGAUAGAUAGACAGGGAGCCUGACAGACAGACAAAUAGACAGACAGACAUGUUUGUGUACUAGCGAAAACAAAGCGAGGGCCAUGCUCAUCAAAUGUCACCUGUAAUCUUAUCAAUUCUUAUCACCGCACCCCUCGCUUAUGCUCAUCAAAUGUCAGCUUUUAUCAUGUCAUUGUCAGGGGUGGACUAAGGCUUAUUUUUCAUGCUUCAAGCUAGGAGCAUUCAUUAUGUUGUACCUGAAUAAAGGAUUACCAACACACACCCGAAUGUCUCUUUGACCAUGCUCCUAGGUAUUAACUUACGUACUACAUGGGUUAAGGAGCUGGUGUGGUAGCCUGUCCAGGCAUACCUGGUGGUGAUGGCAGUCUCGUUGAAUUGUGAGGCGGCAGGAUGCACAGUGUUGAAGACGGCAGAGGACAUGCCAACAUGCAUUGCACUGAUGCAGCUACAUCAGAAGAAUGUGCAUGACACCAGGGACACACGACAGAAGCCGCCCAAAAUCAACCCCCCAACACUACAGCAAGGCAUCGGUGAAGAUGAUUGGGCUGCAUUUACCCGCUGGUGGGAGAUGUUUCGAAAUGGGACUGACCUAACACCCAAUCAAAUCACCGCUCAGCUCCUGGCCUGCUGUGAGCCUGAGUUAGAAGCUGCAUUGUUCCGGGAAAUGCCAACAAAAGCCAGCAGCCCUGAGGCAGCGGUCUUAGAUGCCAUGAAACGUCUCACAGUGGUGAGUGUGGCACUAAGUGUGCGACGUGCAGCACUGCUUCAGAUGAAGCAGGAACCAGGGGAGCACGUCAGGCAGUAUGUGGCGAGACUACACGGGUUGGCCAAUGUCUGCCAGUGGACCAAAACUGGGACCUGUAGGGUGGCCACCUGCUCUGGCACCAUCGCCACAGACUACACCAAAGAUAUUGUCAAACUGGUUCUCUUAACCGGUCUGGCAGAUGAUGACAUCAAGAAGGAGGUCCUUGGGAUGACAGACAUUGACACACGGACACUGAAUGAAACUGUCAGUCUUGUAGAUACCAAAGAAACCGCUGCCCGUGCCAUGGCGACUGAGAACCUAUGGGUGGCAACCAGCGGCUACAAAAAGAUGGUCCGUGGGCGCUGCAGCCAGGCAUCACCAGCGCCCACAGAGGAUCAUGGUGAGCAGGCCCAGAUGAGACACAAGAUACGCUGCCAGUGUGGUUCUCUCACCCCCCAGUUUGGUAUGGUGAGAGGCAAACUCAAGGAAUUUACAUUGUGUCUUGGAUGCUGGAAAAAGAACAACCCACGUCCCCAUAAGUCGUCUCCACCAUCUUCCAGUGGGUUGGUGGAGGCACUGUUUCACUAUGUGGCUACCACCGAGAUAGGCUCCUGCGCGAGUGGGGCUCUGCCUCAUCCAAUGCUAUCUUUAACAGUAGCUGUGGAUGGCAAGGCCUACGACAUGGUGAAGACACCAUGUCCACCACGGCAGUCAGUCCGUAUCUUGGCCAUCACCGACUCUGGUGCACAGACCUGCCUUAUGGGGCUGCGGCCCCUCAAGAAGCUGGGCUUAUGCCAACGGCACCUCACCCGUGUCUCCACACGCAUUCUGGCCGCGAAUAACGUGGAGAUAAAUGUUCUGGGCGCUGUGUUCCUCAUGCUGUCCAGUUGCAACACACAAGGGGAGCAACUCAAGACAUCUGCGGUGGUCUAUGUUACGGAUUCCACUAGCCAGUUUUACCUGAGCUGAGUUGCAUUGGAACAGCUGAAGGUUAUCGGACCUGACUUCCCAAAAUUGGCGCGACAGAAACUGGUGUGUGUGGGAAUGUGGCAAGUACAUAUACCAGCCCCACCAUGGCAAAAUGCAGGUGCCCACAGUGCACAGCACUGCCUCCCCAUCCCUCCAGUCUGCCCAUAGCACCAUCACUUGAGUCCACGGCUGAGAUGAAGGCCUGGCUCUUGGAGAGGUAUGCUUCGUUGACCUUCAACAUAUGCCCACACCAGCUGCUCCCUGCGAUGACGGGCCCCCCAGUGGAGAUUCGGGUUGGCCCAGGGGUGCAACCAGUGGUGACCAGAUAACCCCCAAACAUCCCAGUUCACUGGCAACAGGAAGUGUCAGACCAACUGGAUAGGGUCGUGGCACUGGGCAUCAUAGAGUGAGUGCCUCCAAACACACCUGUAACUUGGCUCCACAGUAUGGUCCUGACACCCAAGUAGGACGGCACACCCUGUCAUACAGUGGAUCUGCAACUGCUAAACCGCCACAGUGUGCAGGGAGACCCAUCACACCAUACCACCCAUUAAACAGGCGAAGGCCGUCCCACCUAAUACGUUCAAGACCGUCACAGACGCAUGGAACGGUUUUCACUCCAUUGCGCAAUCGGCGGUUCCUGCGCCACAUUCAGGGGCUGGCCAAUGCCAACCAGCCCUUGCCACCACCACACCCUGUUCCCCCGCCUCCCGACACCCUACCCCCCAGCAUGUAGUGCGGCACAGAGCAGUGAGCGGUUUCAGGCACCCAGUGGCGACGUAGCGACCACACCCCCACAGCCGCACAACACAGAGACAACCCCGGAACCACCCAUGGAACACGCAGAUCAAGCACUCCCACAGGCACAAGAGCCAGCACCCAGCCAGACCGUUGCACAACACACUCCCAUAUCGCCACCUCCAAGACCACGCAGAGAUAGACGUCCUCCAGUGAACCUACUGGAUUAUGUCACAGAGUGAUGAGUUUCCCGCUGGAAACUGGGGGGGAUGUGGGAUGGAGAUGGGGUGACACAGAGUGAGUCAAAUUUGGCGGGUUGGCAGCGCCGGUGCACUGCCUGUUGGCGAGGCGGAGAAACCUGAGUGUAAACAAAGAGAGCGUGAGGCUGACGGAACACAUAUUACCUCCCUAAUACGUAAGUUAAUAGUCACGUAUUCGGCCGUCCAUACUGUGCCAGUCAAUGAUAUAUCAGGGCUAGGAGGUACAACGUGUACUCACAACGUCAGGUUGUGCACCCAAAUUUGUGUGUUUUGUCUCUUUGCAGCUAGGAGCAUUCAUUAUGUUGUACCUGAAUAAAAGAUUACCAACACACACCUGAAUGUCUCUUUGACCAAUUACUCUAAUUUACAAUAUUCCUUAAGGAAACAAAUUCGUUCGGUAUCAGCACUCGAACAGCCUUCUGGAACGAAUUAAGUUCGUAACUCGAGGUACCACUGUACUUUAAAACUGUGAAGGAAGAUCUCUUUCACUGUUACUGCUUAGUAUUUACAGUGAAAGUGACUUGGUUUCAACUGGGAAUUCUUGCAAAAAUCACCUUGUCCACCAACUCCCAUCUGUAUCUGAUGGAUUUUUAUGAAGCAUUUUGGCAUUGAAGAAGUGCCUUUCUUGCCCUUGUACUUUAAUCCAAAAAGCCAUUAAGCUGUGGUAAUUAUUAUUUCUGUAAAGUUGCAUGAUUUAGAACAUACAGUCACUGGUCUAUAAACACUCAUUUCCUGCUCUGUUUCAGCUCUUUCCAGUGAACAAAAUAUUCUCCCUGACAACCAAUGAGCAAUACUAUAAAUGUAACUAACAUCUUCCUCUAAUACUAAUGGUUAUAAUCAUAACCAUAAUUUUUGAAGGGGUGGACUAGUAAGCCAGUGGAAGGUCUUGGCCAGAUGACCAAAAACUCCAGCUAUGGGUCAUUAUAUGAAAAAGACCUGCAUCAAGAAACAUUUGUUCCAUUUCUUGAUGAACCUUGGCUACUCUAACCUAAUCUUCCUCUAGUCUUGAGAAGCCUGUAAAUCAAAUCUAAACACAAGCAAAUAUAACUGGAUACUUUGUGUGUCUGAUGCUAACUGGAGAACAGACCUUAGAGAAUGGGCAGCAGACGGUGCAAAGAACAAUGAUGGGUGGAUGAAGGAGAGUGGAAGACAGCGGGCUGAGGAAAAACAGGUAAUUGGAGAGACCAUUGCUGGUGUUGUUGGGGAUUUUAUGAUAAGUUGCUAUUUCUCUUAAGUGGCUUAAUGAAUCUUAACAAAUACUGUACAGUAUAUACACAAUGCACACACAUAAACAUACAACCUUCAAAUACACCUGUAUAUUAUCACCUGGAGUAGUAGGCAUGGGACCUGCAUAACUACACUGUGAUGCAUGCUGCAGUGGCAGUAGCAAUGUCAGGCUGAUACUAGUAAUUAGUACAGCAUUUUCUCUUCAAACUGUUUUAAUACAGGUAAAAAUUGUGGAAAAUGUACAUUUACUGCAUAAAUUGUGCACUUAAGCAAGGAAUAAUUCUAUUUACACAUGUUGGUCCAUUUCAUGUGAAUUCUCCCUCACUUGUCAGCAUUCUACUGCUCUCUCACUAGCUCUCCCUGUAAAAUAUCUUCAGAAGCAGCUUGUCAGAGUCCAGCCAUCUCACUAAACUUUGUUUGACUGAAGGAAAUACUGCCAACAACAAU